AUGGCAGCAAAGAUGGAAGCUAAUCCUCGGGGCAUUCCUCGAUCUCCUUUUGUCGAACGCGUAGAAGAUUAUGUCUCUGAUGCCGAACCGGCCGAUGUCGUGUUGCGCAAAUUCCAAGAAACCAUUAGGCAACGUCGAAAAGUAUUGGAAGAAAAAAUACCAGAAAUUGAAAAAACGAUCGCCAUGGUCGAUUUCUUGAUUGAAAAACAGGAGGUCAACGAGCCUGUCUAUACUGAUUACGAAUUGAACGAUACACUGUAUGCAAAGGCCAAGGUGGAAACCUCUGGUACCGUCUAUCUGUGGCUCGGUGCCAAUGUCAUGUUAGAAUAUACCUUUGAAGAAGCGAAAGACUUGCUCACAUCCAAAUUCGAUACUGCAAAAACGUCGCUUCGAAACACAAUCGAAGACCUUGAAUUCUUGCGGGAUCAGAUUACCACCAUGGAAGUCAAUACUGCACGUAUCUACAACUGGGACGUCAAGCAAAGACGCUUGGCCCGAGAACAGGCAGCAAAGUAA